GGGACUCGGCUGACGCCCAAAUUUAGUUUUGAGAAUUUAAAUUUAUUUUUUUUAUACUGUUCUCGUUAAUGAUAAUUUUUGUGUUUUGACGAAUUUACUCAAACAAUCAAUUUGGAUAUUUUUUAAUAUCAAGAAACAACAACAAUUAAAUGCUAAAUAAAAUACCGUAACGAAUCUUUAAACAUUGUUUUGUUGGGUUAUUCAGCAACGCCCUUAAUUUUUUAGUAAACUAUUCGAAUAAUUUCAUAUCAUGUAUUAAAGCAAAAUGAGAAGAUACAACUAUUUAUUCACAUGGCUGUUAACAACCGUCCUUCUAUUAUCAUUAGCACAAACACAAGAAGAUUUCGACGCAAAGAAUCGAAAUUUCAUAUCUGAUGGUAUCCGAAAUGAUACAUUAGAAAAUAAUUGGCUUAGAGGAAGAGACUAUGAGUCAAUUUAUGGUAAUGAUGUAAGCCAAAAUCGUGGAGUCUCGAGUCGAAACAGAGACAGGCCUGUGUUUGGUUACAAUCCCAUCAGAAGCAAUGCAAUUGACAAUUUUAACAUCAAUCAAGAGGCGACCUAUUUUAUUGUCGCCUCGAAAAUGGUACGUCCUGGCCAAAUUUAUAGAGUGUCAGUGUCGAUAAAAGAUGUGGGAUCUGCACUUACAGUACGCGGGAGCAUUUCUAGAGAUGGUGUGGAGAUGACCUAUGACUCAAAAGAUGUUCGAGAAAAUGUAAUGGAAACUCUGCUAAUGAGAGUACCUACAACAAGUGUGCCUGGUGACUACAAACUAAGAAUUGAAGGUUUAUACAACUCUAUUAGUGGGGGCAUAGCCUUUGUAAACGAAACUAAAUUAACAUUUUCGCAAAGGUCUAUGACAGUAUUCAUUCAAACUGAUAAACCAGUUUAUAUGCAAGGUGAAAACGUAAAAUUUAGAGUUAUACCAAUUACAACUGAACUGAAAGGAUUCGACAAUUCUAUUGAUGUUUAUAUGGUUGAUCCGAAUGGUCAUAUUUUGAGACGUUGGCUGUCUAGACAUUCAAAUUUAGGAACAGUCAGCUUGGAUUAUAAGCUGUCCGAUCAACCGGUUUACGGUGAAUGGACUGUUCGUGUUGUGGUACAAGGACAAGUAGAAGAACAUUUGUUCGUUGUUGAGGAGUACUAUCAAACAAGAUUUGAGGUUAAUGUGACGAUGCCUGCAUUUUUUUUCAAUACAGAUCCUUUUCUUUACGGUAAAAUAAUGGCAAAUUUUACUAGUGGUGCGCCGGUGAAAGGAAACCUUACAUUGAAAGCAACAAUCAGACCAAUUGGAUAUUUUACUCCAAAAAAUAUCAACGAAUACUUUAGAAAAGGAUAUAUUGAAAACCAUGAAGGAUACAGCUUGAACACUGAUCCAUUUGGCCCUCGCAAACAAAAUGAGUUUGAUACAUAUAAUAGAAAUACAUAUAAUACGCCAAUCGAUCCCCUCACAGAUAAUAGAUAUGGAGGGUCUAGUGGCUCGACUUCUUAUAAUGAUCCAUAUUCUUUUGAAAGACACUUCAACUUUGACGAGGAAUGGCCGUUCUGGAUAGAAAAACCAGAGCAAUAUGAAUACAACAAAUGGGGUGAACAGUAUCGAGGUUUACCAUAUUUGAGAUUUUUCAAUGGAACAUUCGAAUUUAAAUAUCCAAUGAGAGAACUAGAAAACUUGGUCUCAAACUUAGCCGGUUCUGAAAUUCUAAUCACUGCAAGAGUAGGUGAACGUUUUUAUGAUGAACACGUUGAAGGAUACGCCAUUGCUCGAAUAUAUAAUUCAUCAAUCAAAGUUCAUUUCCUUGGUGGAAGUCCACAAGUUAUUAAGCCAACAAUGCCAAUAACGGCGUACUUAGUAGCGGAAUAUCAUGAUGGUUCUCCAUUACCAUACGAACAACUAUUUCAAUCAACUGUGGAGGUGUCUGGCAGUGUUAAUAGCAAAUCUGGAGGAAGAAAAGAACUGCAAAGUAAAUAUGUUGAUAUGUCAGAAAAACCGGGAAUAUGGGAGAUUAAACUUAACCUACAUGAUGAUCUGAAUUUAGAUGAAUCCCGAAAUGGGCGGGAAUUCCUUAAUGAUGUCACUGACAUCCGAUUGAAAGCAAAUUUUAUUGACACACGAGGUGAUAUUAUUUCAGCUGAACUCUUAUUACUAUCACACUUUUCACCUCAAAACCAGCAUAUUAAAAUAACAACCAGCACACAAGCACCAAAGGUUGGAGAAUAUAUAGUAUUUCAUAUCCACUCCAAUUUUUAUAUGGAAAGCUUCUAUUACAUGGUCAUGUCAAAGGGAAUUGUUCUGUUAACUGGACAAGAAAAUAUGAUUCCCGGAGUUCAAACUAUGGCUAUUACUUUGAGUGCUGAAAUGGCACCAACUGCGACGAUUGUCAUAUGGCAUAUUGGGCGUAAUAGUCUCAUAGUUGCAGAUAGUCUUACUUUUCCUGUCAAUGGAAUAUCUCGAAACAAUUUUACGGUAUUCAUAAACAACCGAAAGGCUAGAACUGGAGAAAAAGUAGAAGUAGCAAUUUAUGGCGAACCAGGUGCUUAUGUGGGCCUAUCAGCCAUUGAUAAUGCCUUUUUCACAAUGCAAGCAGGAAAUGAGUUGUCAUAUGCCACUGUUAUUACAAAAAUGUCAACCUUUGAUGAACAAACUAAUGGUACUUUGUCACAUACAUGGCAUUUUCAUGAAGGACAUCCGGAUGAAUUAGUUUAUUAUCCAACAUCAACGUUUGGUAUUGAUGCCAACAGAACAUUUGAGUAUGCUGGCUUAGUCGUUUUUACAGAUGGGACGCUACCCCGCAGACUUGAUUCUUGUAACAGUUCUUAUGGAUACGCAGAAUGUCUUAAUGGUAGAUGUUAUCGCUUAGAUAAACGUUGCGACGGUUUCUUGGAUUGUGAAGAUGGUACCGACGAAAGUGGUUGUCAAAACUGGAAUUCUACCCAUUUAGCUGAAUUCCGAAAGUACAGAUUUAACAGAAUAAAAAGACACUAUGAUAACGUUUGGCUUUGGAAAGACAUUAACAUAGGACCGCAUGGACGUUACAUCUUUAAUUUAGAUGUACCAGACACUCCAGCAUUAUGGAUGAUUUCGGCAUUUAGUGUAAGUCCAUCAUUGGGAUUCGGUAUGUUAACUAAACCGUUGGAAUAUGUUGGUGUACAACCAUUUUACAUUAAUGUUGAAAUGCCUUCUGAAUGUCGACAAGGAGAACAAGUAGGUAUUCGUGUGACCGUGUUUAACUACAUGACAAAUCAAUUAGAAGCUACCGUAGUUCUUCAUGAGUCUGUUGAUUAUAAAUUCGUUCAUGUUGGUGAAGAUGGUAUCGUGGCGUCAUAUAAUCCCAAAACAUCAUUUGGAGAACACCAAUUUUUCAUUUAUUUGGAACCUCAAGAUUCAACAAUAGUUUAUGUUCCUAUUGUUCCUACAAGGUUAGGACAAAUAGAGGUGGUAUUGCACGUAUCUACUCUGUUGGGAACCGACACUAUCAAGCGAACAUUGAAAGUAGAAGCAGAUGGAUUGCCACAGUAUCGACAUCAAUCCAUUUUGUUAGACUUGAGUAAUCGUGCUUACAUAUUUCAAUAUAUGCAUGUCAAUGUGACAGAAACGCCAAUUAUUCCAUAUGAAGUAGAACGAUAUUAUGUUUUUGGCUCAAAUAAGGCUCGCAUUAGUAUAGUGGGUGAUGUUGUUGGACCGAUUUUUCCAACAAUGCCUGUAAAUGCUACCUCUUUAAUACAUCUUCCUAUUGAUGCAGCGGAAACUAAUAUGUUUAGUUUCGCCGCUAAUUUAUACACGAUUCUGUAUAUGCGUUUGAUUAGUCAAAGAAACCGAACCACAGAAAAACAAGCAUUUCAUUAUAUGAACAUUGGCUAUCAAAAACAAAUGAGUUAUAUGAAUGCAGAUGGAGCUAUGACUCUAUUUCGCUCUGAUUGGAAUCAGUCUGCACCUUCUGUUUGGCUUACUGCAUAUUGUGCAAGAAUAUUCCAAGAAGCAUCAUUUUAUGAGUGGGAAAAUUUCAUUUACAUUGAUCCCGUUGUAAUUCAAAAAAAUAUUCGGUGGUUACUGAAACAUCAACUUCCUGAAGGAUCUUUUUACGAAGUCACUUGGUCACCUGAUAGGAAAUUUAAUGAAUCUAGUCGUCAUGAUGGGUUCGGUAAAUACGAGCAAGGAUCAAGAAAUAUAUCUUUAACGGCACAUGUACUUAUUACAUUAGUCACCGUUAAAGAUCUUUCCGGAAGUCUUGGAGCACGUGUAUCUUUAGCAACGACCAAAGCUGUACAAUAUAUCGAAAGAAGUAUGCCUUAUAUUCAAGAAUACGGAACAGAAUAUGAAAUUUCCAUUGUUGCCUAUGCUUUAAUGUUAGCAAAAGCACCAAAAGCUGAGCAAGCUUUUAAUAUUUUAUUCAAACAUGCUAAAACAAUCGGUGAAUAUACAUAUUGGGGAAAUGAACACGUUGAACAACCACCAUCGAAAUUAGAAAAUCAAAAGUAUUUUUCAUUGCCAAGACUGCCAUAUAAAUAUGAUUCUUUGAAUAUCGAAACCACAUCUUACGCAUUACUUACAUAUGCAUCACGGCAAGAACUGUUAGUUGACUCGAUUGUCCGUUGGUUAAACGCUCAAAGAUUGACGGAUGGUGGAUGGGCCUCUACACAGGAUACUGGAGUAGCAAUGAAAGCAUUGAUCGAAUAUACGCAACGCACAAGAAUAAGAGAUGUAUCUACUUUGUCGGUGACGAUUGAGGCAACAUCCCUGCCAGGUCAAACAAAAGUGUUAGAAAUAGGCGAAAAGAAUUUGGCUCAACUUCAAAGUAUUGAGAUUCCAAAUGCAUGGGGAACUGUUAAAGUACAAGCUAAAGGUGCUGGCUAUGCUAUUUUACAAAUGUCAGUUCAAUACAGUGUAGAUAUUGAGCAGUUUCAAACAAAGCCACCGGUAAAUGCAUUCGAUUUGACUGUCAAACCAUUAUUUUUCGGAAGGAAUCAGUCUCAUAUUCAUUAUAUAUCUUGUCAAAGAUGGAACAACGUAAAUGAAUCCAUACGUUCUGGAAUGGCAGUUUUGGAUGUCACCAUACCUACGGGUUAUUGGAUUCAACAGCAGAAGCUUGAUGCUUAUGUCAUCAGUAAACGUGUAAAAAAUCUUCAAAGAGCAAAAUUCAAUGACAAAAAAGUUUUGUUCUAUUUCGACUUUUUGGAUCAAGAAGAAACAUGUGUGAAUUUUACUAUUGAAAGAUGGUACCCAGUUGCCAAUAUGUCCCGUUAUCUUCCAAUAAGAGUGUAUGAUUACUAUGCCCCAGAACGAUUUAAUGAAACAAUAUUUGAUGCACUUCCAACAUAUCUAUUAAACAUUUGUGAAGUUUGCGGUAGCUCUCAAUGCCCUUACUGUUCAAUAUACAACUCAGCCACAAAUAUCAAAGUAAACAUUUUGCUGGUUCUCCUCAUAUCAUAUUUAUGGUACAGAAGGUACAGCUUUAAUCAAAGGUUCAACAUUGUAGAUAUGCGGUAAAUACGACAAAAUAUCAUGAUUUCAUAAAUGUUCAACGGAACGACGAUAUUUUUCUUUUAUACAAGUUCGGUUCAAAACUUUUUUUAUAGUUUUCUUUCACACUUUUUAAAUUAAAUUUUAAUGUUUGUUAGACUAGUGGUUUUGUACCAGAAAAAUAUUCUAAAAUUAGAUUUAAGAUUUUUUAAAACAGCAUCUAGAAAAAAUCGUUAUGUUAUAUUCUAAGAUUCAUCUAAAAAAUGUUGUAUUUUUAAAAUUUAUAGACUAAAAUAACAAUUCAAUGCCGUCCAAAUUUCUGGUCAUAUGUAGUAGAUAUAAAAGAAAUCUUUAAUACUGACAGU